CACUUUCAUUUUUACACAGUUAUUUUCAAAUUGUUGAAUCCAUACAAUUGAUAAAAUAAUUAAAAAUUAAAUACGUCUGUUUUUGUCACCCAAGACUUGUUACAAAAGAAUAAACUAAAACUGAACCUAUUGGUCAUUGUACCUACUACAACAGAAAAACGUAGAAGAAUCAUAUUUUACUUGUUUCAUGAUAACUGAAUAUAUUCAUUUGGCAGAAAUGAACUAUUAAAUUUGUAUAAAUUUAGUUUUGAUUUAAAACCCACCAAAAAAAUCUCAAUAUUUAUUCCAAGAAUUUGGAAUAAAAUACUCUCAAAGUCUACGCCUAUGAUAGCCACUUGCAACAAAGUAAAUUGAGAUCUUAUAAAUAUUUGUCUAACUGAUAAGUAAUUGUAGAAUAAAAACUAAAAAGUUUUUGAAAUGUUCUUACUAAUGCAAUCUAUAAUAAUCUGGCCCUGUUUUUAUGCAACCCAUUAAUAUUGAGAACUGUAUUUAUGGUUGCCUAUAGUCCAUCAAUUUUCUUAAAAUCUAACUUUUACGAGUUUAGCAACCUCAGAUGUAUACGAAACCGCUAUUCGAAAAUAAACGCUUAAAUUUUGAUGUCCCUGAGCUUUAUGAGGUCUGUCAUCAUUUUGUUAACUGUCAAAUAUCAGCUGUCACUUAUUUGUCAUGUGUUGAUUGUUGACAUUGACAGAUGUUUAUAAACGAACCUACACCACUAUGUAUCGCGAUAUUAAAUGCAAAAAAUGCAGAAAAUCAAUCCUUAAUGAAGGGCAGACGAAAGAUUUAUUCUUGAAUGCCCACAGCUCUCCCGUGGCCUCACCUCCAGAGGAAUGUGCUUCGGUACAAGAACAAAGCAACAUAUUUUUGAAUGAAGAACUGUUACCUCAUUGGAUAAUUCUUAGGAUAGAGGCCGAAAAGUGGUCAAGGGGUAAAUUGAAUUGCCCAUAUUGCGACUCGAAGAUUGGAAGUUUCGAUUUCGUUUCCGGAUUAAAGUGCAGUUGUUCAAGUAACUUCCUCCCUCCGGUGCAUGUUAUUAAGAGUAAGAUAGAUUUAAUAAGGGAAAGUACUUGAUGCAACAGGCAUCGGGGACAUGCUUUUUGGAUAACGGAGACACGAAAUUCGUGACGAUUCAAUGAAAUUGUGACAUUGAGAAGGGUUUGCUUCAAAUUGGAGUGCAUUAUGUAUAGAAUUUGUAUAUAAAAGAACGUUAAAUAUAUACGAAUAAAAAAUUA